CGAAAUUCCAUAAGACCUAUUCACGUGGAUCAAAUUCGGCCCGUGUUUGGUGUAGAGUGAAAAACCAGAAAUGGCGUGGUUUGUUUCGUUCGCCGUUGCACUGCCAAUGACCUAGAGUAUUUGCAUUUGAUGAUUAAAUGCCAUCAGCUGCCGAGGCGCCUCUCUGUUCCUCGCCCCCCGCCUGUAAGCGCUCUAUCGUUCAUCGAGAUAGGUACGUCGGCAGAGCGUGCGGAGGCUUUGAAGUGCACCCAGCAUAUGGCUGGAGAGAAGAAAGUUUGGCAUGAUUUUUGUUCCACUGCUUUUCUCCCCAAAAGGGUAGUUUGAGGUGGUUUUCGAAUUGCAUGGUGAGCUCGUUCGUAAUUGUCGACGCAUAGACUGGGCCUAUGCGUAUGUGUGACUGUGUCUGUGUGUGUAGUAUAGAGUAGGGUGCGUGCGUCGUGCAAUAGUGUGUGUGUGUAGGAUGAAUGAAAAAUGUCAGUGCAUUUGACAGAAGAAGCUGACCAGAAAGCCUCAGUCGAAAUCGGAUAGCCGUGGUCCAAAGUGUCCCAAACAGGAAACCAGCACUGCAAUGGAAUAAUCGAUCCCUGCGUGACGACACACACACGGAACAGAUUCUCCAGCUGUCACAAGAAAAAAGUGUUUACGAGAUUGCUGUGUAGCAAAGAGAAGCAGAACCGCCGCGUAAUACACACGCACACAACAUACCGCCACGAGCCACUGGUACUGCAACCCCCUUGUCCAUAGUGUGGCUACUGUCAAAACACCUCCCGAUCGACAAAACACGUUUUUGCUCGGGGGUCGUGACACGAAAAAUCGGGCACAGUUUGCUGCGUAUUAGUAUUUGUGCGUGCGUGUGUGCGUGCGUGUGUAUCAGUAGUGCUUUAGACGGACAGAUUGUGUGUGUGUGCGUGUUUUUUCUGCACCUAAUAUUGUAAAACUUCUUCGUGCGUGUUGCAUUGCGUGCAGCUGAACGCGUUCGUAAUUGUGUGCGCCGCAGAUUAUAAUUGGUGAAACAAACAUUUUCUGUCCCGGCUUCCCAUUCCCGGUCCGCAAGGGUUCCGAAGCGACGGAUAGGCGAGCAGAUGAGCAGGAGUGGCAGUAUGGCCGAAAAGACGGUCUCCAACAGUCUACCACCGUCGUCGGCCCAAUCAAAGGUCACGGUCGGGGGCAGCAGUAGUGUCGCUGCCGGCGUAACGGGAGGAAUACACCAUCAUCACCAUCAUCACCAUCAUCAUCACCACAAUCACCAUAAAUCGAUGGAUAUGGGCGGCACGGGCAAGACGGGAGUUGGAAGUAAACAUCACACUAAUGUAAUUCAGCGGACUACGAGUGAAAGUUUACGAUUGGGCGGAGGUGGCGCUGGGAGCGGCUCCCCAAUGAACAACAGUGUUAGCAGUGGCGGCAGUGGCGGAGGAACAUCGAUGACUAGUACUGGUGGUGGCGGGGGAAACGGAACGGGGAAUAUCGGAAGUAAUGAAAACUCUGUCAGCAGCAGUAUGCUAAAUUCGUCCUCAUCGGCGAACAGUAUUCCACGCAAGAGUGCCAGCUCGUCGACAAGCAUGGGCGGCGGCGCUGUCAAUGCCGGUGGCGGUGGCGGUAGUGGGAGCGCUGGUGGUGGCGCUGGCGGUAGUGCUGGCGGUGGCGGUGGCGCUGGCGGUGGCGCUGGCGCUGGAGGUGGCGGUGGAGCUGUGGUCGGUAUUGGCGGUCCUGUUGGAACCGGUACCAAGACCUCUUCGUUUACGAUCACUUCGGUGAUCGUUGGUCCGGGAAGGCACAGCGCAGACAAUGGCGAUGAUUCGGCGGAUGAUCUGGACGAGUCACACACGGACGACAAUAGCCGGAUAACGGAUUUCGAAAACGAAACGCCUAGUUUCUCGGAGGAUACAUUUAGCAAGGAGGAUGUGUUUUUCGGUACGAACGCGAUUGGAAGUGUGCCGGUCAUUCCGACGAGCUCGCAGUACGGGUUGGCGAUCGUGGCACCCAAUGAUAGAACGAACGGUGGCGAAGUGCUCACGGAUGCAAUGCACGUCAAUGUCACGGACAGUGGCAUUAACAUAAUGGGACACGGCAAGAGUGAGGUAAACGAAGGGAAGGAGGUGCAUCAUCGAAACGAGCGGUUUAAGGUGGUCAAAAUAGAAAGUACCGAACCGUUCAAGCGUGGCCGCUGGGUGUGUAUGGAUUAUCUCGAUCACACCACGUUGCAGCAGCCGAAAGAAAUCUCUGGCGGUGGGGAGAGUAACGAAGUCAGCAGCGCCCAUAAUGCCACCGUUACCACGCAGGACAGUGGCGUCGGUAUGAACGACAAUGCUAGCUACGCACCCUCGGAAGGAAUGGACUACUACCAAAAUGCGGUCAGUUCGUCAUCGAUGGUGUUGGGUGGGCCGAUGAGCGCUGCGACGUCCAUCGCGUCUAAUAGGAGCAACGUGAUGCUCGGGAUGUUGAACAACGAAUCUCCCGGUCAGAGUCUAAAUCUUUCGCUCGUUGGUGGAUUUUCAGGUGGAGGAGUGGCUCCCGGAACCGCGGGCAAUGCUACUAGUCACAUUCAGUCUGGCACUACUGGCCUGAUCAAGGGCCCUAUAGCUGGGACUGGAAUACCGCACAGUUUACCUCAGUCACAGCUCCAGAAUGCCCUGGCGGGCCAUCCACCGAUGCAACAGCACAUAACGUACACGCAAGGACAUCCAGGACAAUCCCAAUACUAUCCCCAUACGAUGACGAAUCUGGCCGAACUGAACCAGCAAGUUGCAUCGAAUAUACAGGCACAACACCACCACCUCCUCCACCACCACCACCAACACGGUGCUACCCUUCCAAACAACAUGCAAAUGCACCCGCAAUUACAUCAUCCCCAUCAGCAGCAGCCCGGCCACCCAAUCCUCUCUUCCAGCAACAUUCUUCCACCACUGGUCGUGCCCAUCCCAACAUCACAGGAGAUGAACAUUAUGAUGCACAAUCCGUCGAUCCAAUCGAGCUUCCCAUCGCCCCACCAACAGUUUAAGCCGCAGAAGCCGCAGCAGACUGUCUCCCAGACCAACUCGCCCAUUGUCGUCCCAACGUCCCUGAUCGACAACACGGUCGUCGCCGGCAUGCCUGGCGAAAAUGUGCCUCUGAACGGUGUCAGCGCUGGAGCAAAAAUACUAUCCCCAUCCGCCGGGGCCGGAGGCGUCGUAUCAAAUGUUUCUACGACUGGGGGCGUUAGUGCUCACGAUACAGCUGGUUCUGUAUCGAUCGGCACGGAUUCACUGAAGAAUUCUGCACCAUCGGCCACCUCCUCGCCGGUGACGUCGUCUGUUCAGUUAAUUCCACAAUCCACAACGGUUCCGACCCAACCAGCUCCUGGUGCUUCGAUUGGUUCGUACGGUGAUGCUACGGCCAUGGCUGCUGCCGCCGCAGCACAGAUGAAGCAGAACACGAACGUCCCAAGUUCCGCCAUUAACAGCGUCAUCGGUGGCAACACUAUUGCGAACGGGGCAAACUGCGUCGCUGCUGUCGGCUCCCCGUCAUCUAGUGGUGCAAUCAAUGCAGCGAAUUCGAUCUCUGUUGGGACGAUCCCCGGUACCUCGACCGCCGACCAGCAAUCAUCGGAAGCGAAGCUACAGUCCACUGUGUCCGGUGCCACGACUGCAGCUGCCACUGGUGAUGUCGAGGAAACGGAUAAACCGAACGCCGAAGAUGGUGAAAGCAGCAGCGGACUGCAGCCGCAACAGCAGUCGUACCAACUGCAGCCUAUGCCAUCUGCGCAGCAACUGCAGCAGGCGCAGCAGCAGCAGCAGCAGCAGCUACAGCAGCAGCGACAGUUCAUUGUAAAUCCUUUUUCCGAUGCAAACUUAUCGAAUGAAAGCUUCCAGAAUGCUUCAGCAGACAGGGGUACCAUGUUGCCCAAAUUACACCCACAAAUCGCUCAGCAGCCGCAUCAGAUGCAGCAGCUGCAGCAACCGUUCCAACAGUAUCAUACCCCGCUGUAUCACGAUAAUGCAGAGAAGCUGUCGAAAGCGUACUCACUGCCACCGUCCAUGGGUGCCGCGGCAAAGGAAUCGCUUCGAAAGGAUCUUGCUCAAAGUCGCCUAGAACAGCAGCAACAGCAGCAUGCACGAAAAUUUCAACCUGUUGCACGCGCUUUUAUUGUCCCGAGCAGCACGCCAGGAACCACUAACAACGCUCCGAGUAUGACGAACAUAGCAAAUCAAGGAAAUGGAAGCAAUAUCUACACCGACAUUGCACUGGGGAAAACCAUUCAAACACUCAUGAAACCUACGCCAAUACUAGCGACGGCUGUGGCUAAUCGCUUGACCGGCGGUUCGUUGACCCGUUCGAUCGGUGCCCUUGGGCCAUGCCGAGAGUUGCCAGAAGGAGGCACUGCUGGAGCACAGGAAGCGGCUGGCUACUGUCGAGCCGCCAGCAGCCUGCUGGGAAAUUUCACCGGCAGCAACAGCGUGAGUGCGUGCACGGUAACGCAUCCGCAUCGGUGUGUGCAAGACUUGAUCAAGGAGGAAAUCGGUGCCAAUCGUCUGAGUAAAGCGGGUAGCAUGAUAAAUAUGAGCACCGAUUCGGAACUGUUUGCUGCUAGCGGUUCGCUGUCACAUCCUGCAUCGGGACGCUCGAGUCCGGCAUUCAUGCAUGGAUCAACGCCGGUCGGUAGUCCGCCACGAUUUGUAAAUACCCUAGGUCCUGCGUACGGUGCCGGUGGAGGAAGUGCCCGUGUUAGCAGAGCUGCCUCACCCUCUGUUCUUCAUGCAAGCCCUGGCGGAGAACACGCAAGUGCUUCGGGAACAAGUGCGGUCGCUAUCGAUAACAAAAUCGAGCAAGCAAUGGAUCUGGUCAAAUCGCACCUUAUGUUUGCUGUACGUGAAGAAGUUGAAGUCCUAAAAGAAAGGAUAUCUGAGCUGAUGGACCGUAUCAACCAACUCGAGUACGAAAACAACAUUCUCAAAGCGAACGCAUCACAGGAAACGCUGGCACAGCUGACCACUGGAGGUAGUACAGUAGCAGCAGCGGCGGCAGUCGCAGCAGCUGCCGCAGCAGUGGCACAGCAGCAACUCACGGCGAUGCCAAACAUCAAUGUUGGCCCCACCAAAGUACCAACCUCCUCGGCAAACCCUGCCAACCCUGGUUCCGUUUCCUAAGCUUAAUGUUCCAAACCAGCCGUUAGACGUACACUUGACAUAAAGACUAUUAUAAUUACUAGUACUACUAACCGAAGCAAGCAACAUCAUCACCGAGAGCAUCGAGUGCGCGUAGAGAAGACGCAAACAUUUCGCGAAUAUAGAGGGCCGGUGCUCUAGACCACUCGAAAAAAAUGUUGAGCAGACUAGGACGCCGUUCAUCCUAUGUAGUUUGGAAUGCUGCCUCCUAGUCCGAGCCCGAGUGACUGGCGCGCUCUGUGAUUGAUGACGCGCGCGGACAAUAGUGUUCCAACUCAGGCACUGAUUGUCUCCGAGGAGGAGUGAAUCGUGGGUUGAUGCUGCUCGACACUCAUGCUUCUCAACUUCUAUUCCAAGUCCCUGUUAGUAUUAACGUUUUUGCACACCAGAUCCACUGAUCUUGUUCACACAUUUCCUCGAAAGCAGCAGUUCUGAAUGUCCGUGUUUGCGGAACGGCACUACAAUAAAAUGGUUGAAAUUUUGGAGCGUAAGCAGCAAGGGAACACAACCGCAGGAUGGGAUGUAUGCUAGAGUCCAUUAGGUCCAGAGUAAGCGAGACACUGGGAAAUCAGGAAUUCCAUUACGCGUGUAGCCAAUUCGAUAGUGAACGACAGCGUGUGAAGUACGCAAACCACCCUAAAGCUAGAAGGAAUUCUCGAAGGAAGCAACACAUACACAUGCUGGUGGUGGUCAUCGCAAACGUAAAGAUGAAUCACGAACAGUAAAGGAAAAUAAGAUAAUGUUGCCAAUGGUAGUUGAAACGUAUCUAAUCAUUCUGAAACCCGUAUGAACCGUAGUAUCACUUCGUAGAAGUAGUCGGUAAGGUAAUGUGUAUUGGUUUGAAAAGCCGGUACCAUUGACCACCUUAACAAAACAGGCAUCGAGUUAAAACCGGCGAUGCUACUGGCCAAAGUACCGGCCUAUUUUGUUCGAACAGUAGCAGAGUAAUAUGCACAGUGGUCUAAAUUACAUACACGAUACAGCUUUAGCACGAUGCAACUGCUUCCAGAAUUGUGCAGGGAGUGUGAUUCGUGGCCAAGGCAAAGGGUUAGCGCAACGUUGCAGAACACGGAAAGAAGCCAACAAACGGAACUGAGAUACACGAAAAUGUGAUUUAAUGAUAGGAAGUGACUAGUGACAAGCGAAAGUGUCAGAUGGAAAGGCAGAGAUUGCAUCAUACAUUUAGCCAACUUCCAAAGCAAGUAUAGGUUAUGAAUUGCACCGGAGAGUAAUAAACAAACGCCCUAACACAUGCUGAUCAUAACACAGCAUUAUCCAAA